UAGACACACACAUAUAAAACAUUGUCGGAAAUAACAGGUAGCUUGUCCCAAAUAGAUGGAGAAACAAAAUGCAGUGUUAGUUCCUGAAAUAACAUUGAAUUCUGGUCAUAAAAUGCCAGCAAUAGGCUUAGGGACAGUGGCACAUCCAAUGCCGCCACCCGACCACCUCACAUCCAUCCUCGUCGAUGCCAUCGCCGCCGGCUACCACCACUUCGACACUGCCGCCGUGUACGGCUCGGAGGAGCCUGUCGGUAAAGCUGUGGCGGCAGCCGCCCACAGCGGUCUGAUAAAGAAUCGGGACGAGAUUUUCGUCACGUCUAAGUUGUGUAUAAGAGACACCGAACGCGAUCUCGUUCUCCCCGCCCUUAAGAAAACGCUUCGGAAGUUGGGGUUGGAUUAUGUUGAUCUGUACCUGGUACACUGGCCAAUAAGGAUAAAGCAGAGUGCUAAUCCUUACAAUGUGAUUGGAGGAGAAGAAAUGCUUCAUUUUGAUAUGAAGCAAGUUUGGGAAGCCAUGGAAGAGUGCUCUAAGCUAGGGUUGGCAAAAUCCAUUGGUGUUAGCAACUUCAGCUCUUCUAAACUCUCUAAACUCUUGGAAUUUGCCAUUAUCCCACCAGCAGUUAACCAGGUGGAAAUGAAUGUAGCAUGGCAACAAGAGAAAAUGUUGGAGUUUUGCAAGGAGAAAAAGAUACAUGUUUGUGGAUGGUCUCCCCUUGGAGCCAAUGGGGCCUUCUGGGGAACCCUAGCUGUAAUGGAUAGUCCUAUUCUCAGACAAAUUGCUGCUGCUAGAAACAAGACAGUAGCACAGGUUGCAUUGAGAUGGAUAUAUGAGCAGGGAGCAAGUCCUAUAGUGAAGAGUUUCAGUAAAGAGAGGAUGAAACAAAACCUUGAGAUUUUCGACUGGGAACUCACCGAUGAAGAAAAGUGCAAGAUUCGAACGAUUCCUCAGGCAAAAGGGUUAACUGGAGAAAUGUUUGUUUUUCCAGAGGGGCAGUACAAAUCACUCGAACAACUCUGGGAUGGAGAAAUUUAAAAUUAUUAAAUCAUUGAUAAGAAAUAAAAAGAGCUCAAGACUCCAAUAAUAAUAAUUAUUAUUAUCAUUAUUAUUACUAUAAUAAUUGUAUUUUCACAUGUAAAUUAUUAUUUUUUCAAAUAAAACUUCCUGUACAUUAAACACUUU